CUCGAUAUAUCACACACAUCAAUUGAUCGAUUGAUCAAUCGAUAUUAGCCAUUUUUCUUCUUGUUUGUAUAUUUUACAUAAGUCAGUUUUGCAUUUUGCUCAGUGUGUGUGUGUGUGUUCAAUAUGUUUCAAAUCAAAUGUAGAUGAUUUUUUUGGGAAGAAAAAAAUCCUAAUAAGAAUGUCUAAGUAGAUCUGUUAAGAUCAUCAAGGGUUAAGAUUUUUUUUUGAGGAGGGAGAAAAAAUCAAAAAACAUAAAAAACAAUGUCAACAUCGAAUCGAAAUUCAUUUAAUCGUUUAUCAUUAAAUAUUACACCAUCAUCGAUUGCACAUCUUCAACCCCAACAGCAACAACAAUUUCAACAACAACAAAUGUAUAAUACAAUACAUUCCCCGCAACAACCACCACCACCUGUAUAUCAACCACCGCAACCAAGUUGGUGGAAUACCGGACUGGCGGGAAUUGGUGGCGGACGACGUAAUUCAUAUGUUACAAAUAAUGUUAAUCAAAAUCAGAAUAAUUAUUAUUAUAAUGAUGAUAUUGAAGAUCAACAACAACAAUCGAUACCAAGUAUUCAAAUUGAUCAACCAAAUUCACCAACACAACAACAACAACAACAACAACAAUAUUGUUCAUCAUCACCACGACCACGUGCAAAUUCAUCAAUAACAGCAGCACGUAAUAAAUUACGUAUAAUGGCAAUGUUAGAUGAUGUUAGGAAAAAACGUGAAUUACGUGACCGGCGUAAAUCCGAUAUAAUGACUUAUUUAGAUGAUUUAAUUGUACCGGAUGAUCCAACAAUGGCUAAUGGUGCACCAGGUACAUUAAAACUUUAUCGUAGAAGAUUUUUAAUUUAUCAAUUUUUAAAUCAUCCAUCAACAUCAACACCAUGGUCAAUAACAUAUCAUGUUAUGGUAUUUGUUAUUGUAUUUGUUUGUUUAAUAUUAACAAUUUGUGCAACAAUACAACAAGCACCAUUACAAGAAAAAGCUAUAAAAUCUGUUUAUAUGUUAGAAAAAGUUGUUGUUGUUUGGUUUAAUAUUGAAUUUUGUUUAGGUCUUUGGUCUUGUGCAUGUAAAAAACGUUAUCGUGGUUUAAUGGGUAAAGUUCGUUAUCUAACAAUACCAUCAAGGUUAAUUGAUUUUGUCAUUUUGAGUUUUACAACAAUUGUAUUGGUUUUUAAUCCAAGUAAAACUGGACAUGAAGUUUUUGUCGUUUCAGCAUUUCGUGGUUUUCAUCGUUUUUUUCAAGUUGCACAAGUUUUAACAUUAAAUCGUCCGCUAAAACCAUGGAAAGUUUUAGCUUCAGUUAUUUAUGAUCAACGUGAACAAUUAUUCAUUAUUUAUUAUACAGAAUUUAUUGUUCUUUGUGUUCUAGCAUAUGUUGCAUUUCUAGUCGAAAGAGAUACAAAUGAUAAUUUUAAUAGUAUUGCUGAUGCAAUGUGGUGGGCGAUUGUUACACUUUCAACAGUAGGAUAUGGUGAUCGUGUGCCGGUAACAUGGGUCGGUAAAAUCAUAUCAACAAUGUUCACCAUAUUAGGUGUUGCUAUAUUUGCCUUACCAGCCGGUAUUAUUGGUACUGGUCUUGCGUUGAAAAUCGAAGAAGUUGAACGAAAUAAUAUCCGUAAUCGGAAAAAAGUUGCCGCAGCAUUACUGAUACAACGUGCAUACCGAUCAUGGAAAGCACAUCGUACCUAUGAACUGGUAUCGAAAUUUUUUCGUGAACGUCCAAUGCCAAUCUAUAAACAACAUGAUUAUCUUUCAAUGGCACAAAAAUUCAUAGCUCUGGUACAAUUUUUAGCUGCAUUAAAUAAAUUUCGUGAAUUAUUACGACCAGUUGAUUGGAAAACCGUUAUGCAAAGUUAUAGUGAUGGACAAACCGAAGUACUAUUACGAACGAAAUUAGUACAACAAUCGAUUGAAGAAUUAUCACGUCGUAUUGAAAUGACUGAAAAUCGAGUGGCGAAUAUGUCGAUGAAAAUUGAAACCAAACAAAAUACAUUCGAAAGACGUAUUGAUCAUAUACGACAAUUGAUGGAAAGUUGCCAUCGACAAUUACUGGCAAAUCAUUUAUUAGUUGAAUUAUUACGUACAACAAAUUCAAAUAAUCAACGUAAUCAGAAUCUGAAUCCAAAUAAUUCAACAAUAAUGACACAAGGUAGAAAACAUACAUCAUCCAUUGCAUUAAGUCGUCAGGUAAAUCCACAGCAACCACCAGCAGCAACUAAGCAAUCAAUGUUUGCGAAUCAGACCACACAGAAUCGCUCGAAAACACCAACCGCGACAACAAAAUUAUUGAAGAAUCCAUCUUUGAUUGAUAAUUCAAAUGAAUUGAAAUUAUCAACAUCGAAUCCACCGUUGAUAGCUAAUAUGAUGAAACAACAAACAUCAACAACGAUGAUAACAAGACCGAAUCAUUUAAAUUUAAAAAAAUCUAAAUAUCUUUAUCCGAUUGCAUCAUCAGGUAGUAAUACAAGUAUCGAUGAUGUUGAUGAUCAGGAUGAUGAUUAUGAUGAUGAUGAUGAUAAUAUUCAUAUUGUUGAUGUUGAUGAUGAUGAUGAUUUUUUUCAAUCACCAAACAUCAAUAAUCGAUCUUCGAUCAAUUCAAAUCCAGUACAACCACCGCCAUUAUCAUCAACAACAUCAUCAAUAACAACAACAACAACAACAACAGUAUCAUCAUCAUCGGCUGGACCAAUAAUUUCUGUUCCAUCACCAUCAACAACAUUUCCAUUACAACAGCAGCAGCAGCAAGAAAAUCGUCAAUCAAAUAAUCAACAACAACAACAAACAAUGUCAUCAAAUCAACAACAACAACAACAACAAAAUCAACAAUCAUCAAACCAUAGUGGUGGUCAUCAUCAUCAUCAUCCGCAUAAUCAAUAUCGAUCAAGAAGAAUGUCAUUAUAACGAUUGAUUGAUUUAAUUAAUCAAUAAGAUUUUCGGUGCAUUAUUCUUAACCUUGUAAUCAUCAUCAUCAUCAUCAUCAUCUUUAUUAUCAUGUUGGCGCCAUUAUUUUCUAUUUAUA